AUGCCUGUGAAGGACGAAGGAAACUUGGAGGAAGAGAAUCAGAAAAAAGUGAUUCUGUUCAUAUUACAAUUUCCCCAGGUUAGGAAGGCCCAUGCAGUUCUGAGUUCCGUCUCACAUAUCUGGCUGACUGAAGGAGACUCAGUGACGCUGACUUGUGAUAUCAGAGGCUCUACUGAGGGCUGGAGAUUCCACUGGUACAAGACUGCCCCCUACAGGCCUGGGUUCCCUCAAGUGGUUCAUGAGAGCAGUGGAUAUUAUAUAGAGCCUGUAGAUGGAGGAGGUGGGGACUCCUCUUACACUCUCAGCCCUGCUGGUCUUAGACACACAGGGGUUUACGUUUGCAGAGCAGAGAGGGGAGAGCCAGCCUAUCACACAGAGUUCAGCAAUGCUUGGCCUGUCUUGGUCAGAGGUGUGUCUCCUCCUGCAUCUGUGAUCAUCCACUCCAACUGGUCCCAGAUCUUCACAUCUGAGCCUCUCUCCCUGAGCUGUGGGGUUCAGGGCAUCUCCACUGGAUGGAGACUGAGGUGGUUCACAGACAGCGGAGAGAAAUCAAAGUGUUCCACUGACUGGAGAUCAGAAACAGGAUCCAGCUGCAGCAUCAGUUCAGCAUCUUCAUCAGACAGUGGAGUAUACUGGUGUCAGUCUGAGUCUGGAGAGCAGAGUCAUCUUGUCAACAUCACUGUGUACCAUGGAGAUGUGAUCCUGAAGAGUCCAGCCCAUCCUGUGACUGAGGGAGAUCCCCUGACUCUGCGCUGUAGAUAUCGCUACCAGCCAUCAAACAUCAGCGCUGACUUCUAUAAAGAUGGGACACUCCUGCAGACCUCCACCACAGGAGAGAUGACCAUCCCUGCAGUCUCAAAGUCACAUGGAGGCCUCUAUAAGUGCAGCAACCCAGAGAGAGGAGAGUCACCAAAGAGCUGGAUCACAGUCAGAGCCCCAUAUGCUGUAUCAUCUCUGCUGGUAACUGUGGAUAAAAUCGUUAGACUGGUGAUCAUCUUUGUCAUUACCAUCAUCAUCAUGAUGCUGCUUCUGCUGUAUUGCUUCCGAAAACAAAGAGCAGCUAAGGACACACAAACAGCACAACCUGGUACUGAUCAUGAGAGUCCCAAUGAAGAAUCAAGCCAGGACCAGCCUGCUGGAAGUGAUGGGGCCCAGUCAGAGUAUGUGCCACUGCAAAGAGGUAUCACUGAUGUCUAUGACACCAUAAAAGGAGAAUACACACCCCUGCAACAAGGUAAUGGAGAAGAAUAUGAUGACGUGGCCUCUUUAAAUCUUGGAACAGAAGAACAAGUGGAUUAG